AUGGUUCUUAUGAUCAACGGAAACGUAUUCUCUCUGGUUCAAAAUCCGAGGAAGUUCCUCAAUGGGGCAAGGAAGAACCAUUGUGUGCGCUUCAUAAACCGACUAAAAGUGAAUUGUCUUGGAAAAACACGCUGUAGGCUUUUUGUUACAGACGAGAUGUUUGGACCCACCCAUUGCAAAGGACCUGUUAGCCUCGCUUUUUUAGCUACUUGUACAAGAAAAACUUAG